UGGUGACGUCCCAGUCCAUCGACGGUUAUCUGUGUCAAAUUAAAAGUCCUUUAAGGGGAAAAAAGCAGCGGAUGAUUUAUCUGUGAUUUUAUCACUGUUUGAUUUAAUUUCUUUCUUUUUUAGACGCGAAACAAAGAGAAAACAUGGACUUUGUGAAGAAAGCGCAGUUGUUGCUGUUGUUUCGGGGAUUUCCUGCGUGUUUGUGAGCUGUUUACGUCAGAAAGCCUGUGAACGAAUGAAUGACAGCUGCUGUGAUUUUACUGGACCCAAAAGGACUCCAUGUCUUUCUUGGACUGUUCCUGCAUCUCCCACACUCAGGUCCAGCCCAUGGACUUGGAGGAGCAGUAUGAGGACACCAGUCACCACUUCCUGAGCUGCGACAGUUCUGAGUUCACUCUGCAGGGACCGGAUGGCGGCGAUGACAUCACAGGCUUAUCAGCUGACCCCGCCCACUACCAGCUGCUGUCCGAGCUGGGCAGAGGCUUCAACAACCUGAGUCAGGUGAGUUUGGGUCGUCACCGGCCCACGGGUCAGCUGGUGGCCAUCAAACGCACCAACCUGGACGAGUGCACGGAGGAGGAGCUUCUGCAGCUCAUGAACGAGGUUCUGCUCUCCAGACUUUUCCGUCAGCAGAACCUGCUGACGUCCCGCCUGGUGUUCAGCUCCUGCUGUCAGCUGUGGGUCCUCACGCCGCUCAUGGCCUACGGUUCUGCUGACACGUUACUGAGGACCUACUUCCCUGAUGGAAUGAGCGAGUCGCUGAUCGCGUACCUGCUGAACGGCGUCCUGCACGCGCUGGAAUACCUGCACCGUAUGGGCUACGUUCACCGUGGGGUGAAGGCCAGUCACAUCCUGCUGUCAGCAGAGGGGCGUGUCUACCUCUCGGGCCUCCACAGUGUUUACAGUAUGAUGCGCGAGGGGAAGAGGAUGAGGGCGGUGUUUGACAUGCCUCACCACAGCCCCGCCCUCCUGCCGUGGCUCAGCCCCGAACUCCUGCGACAGGACCUGCAUGGUUACGGAGUACAGUCGGACAUCUACAGUUUAGGAAUCGUGGCGUGUGAACUGGUCAGUGGCAGAGUUCCCUUCCAGGACAUGCCGCCCACUCAGAUGCUGCUGCAGAAGCUGCGCGGCUCUCACUGCUGCCUCCUCGACGUCGCCCCCUUCCCGCUCGGCGAGCUGGGCAGUCUGAAGGUGUCGCGCUCCGGCGUGGACUCCGGCAUCGGGGAGAGCGUGGCCACGGGGAGUCUGACGCACAGCGCCACAGCUCCGCCCACCGACCGACCGCAGAGCCCCGCCCCCAAGAACCACUCGGCCACGCUGCACAACCUGGUGCAGCAGUGUCUACAGCAGCAGCCCGAGCACAGACCGUCAGCGUCUGCUCUGCUAAGCCACGCCUUCUUCAAACAGGUGAAGCGACACACCAGAGACUCCUUCCUCAGCCUCAUGUACCCGGCCGUGCCACUGUCCAGCCCUGACCACCCUCCAGUGUCCUGCCCGCCUGCCGCUUCCUGUCACGCCCCCACGUCACCCGCCAUUCAAGCGGUUAACACCAGUAACUCCUCCCCUUGCUCCUCCUCCUCCACUACCACCUGUGACGCUGCUGAGUGUGUGUGGGAUUUCUCCUAACGUCGUCUCCUCCAAACCAAACACAAGACAAUCAAAAACAAAGCAAUGAGGCCACACAUACUGUGCUACCUUUAUUUUUAUAUUAUUAUUAUUAUUAUUAUUACUUUUAACCAAACUCUCUGAGCCUUUUUUUGUUUUUAAACAUGUUUGAUAUAAAUGUUUUUUUCUGAGGCGACUGUGAUGAAAGAAGCUGCUCUAAUGAUCCAAAUAAUAAUAAAAAUAACUGUCAUAAUAAUAAUAAUGGAAAUAACGUUGAUAAUAAGCGACUGUCUGUCAAUGAGCCACACAAGAACAAACUACAAUCACACAACUUCCUAUGAGGCAAAAGGCAAUUACAAGACAAAGGGAUCGUUCAGGACCCGGAAACUCACGCAAAAACGAUUUUAACCACUUCACAAAAGACUCACUUCAUACAAUCGACGUCUUUUAAUCGACGAGAUUAAAGAAUACGUUCACGUCUUUAUCUCACUGUAAGACAGACUUUUACAACAGGAAGCUGAAGUUUGUAAACCACUCACUCUCCCACACCAAAGCCAGAAAAUCAGUGAUUUUAGCUCAUGAGGACACAGGAGCUGCUGGUCUACUGCUGCCUCGUGUGGUCACUUUGUGUCACUGAAGUUAACUUUAACGAAGGUUUUCAAAUGCCAAAGUCAUAUAAUAAGACAUUUGAACUUAGUGAUGGAGGCAGCAGUGGAUCAACAACUCCUGUGUGUGUGAUGUUAAAAUCACUGAUUUUCUCUAUGGACUUUGGUGUGGGAGAGUGACGAGUCGCCAAACUUCACUUAACCCCUUUACAAAAUAAUUUAUCAAAUGAAAUAAAUGUCAGCUUGAAUCUACAGUAUUUUAAGAACACGUUCACAUCUUUAUCUCACUGUGUGACAGACUUUUCCAACAGUAAACUAAAGUUUGUAAACCACUCACUCUCCCACACCAAAGCCCAUAGAGAAAAUCAGUGAUUUUAACAUCACACACACACACACACACACACACAGGAGCUGUUGAUCCACUGCUGCCUCCAUCACUAAGUUCUAAUGUCUUAUUUUGUCAAUUCGGCAUUUAAAGUCCUUCAUUUGGAUUAACUUCAGUGACACAAAGUGACCACACGAGGCAGCAGGACCAGCAGCUCCUGUGUCCUCGCGAGUUAAAAUCAUCGAUUUUCUCUAUGGGCUUUGGUGUGGGAGAGUGAGUGGUUUACAAACUAACAGUGAGAUAAAGACGUGAACAUGUGACGUAGAUAUCGCACACUAAAGCACAGUGAAGUGGUUUUCGUCAGUACCUCAAACAACAACACUACAAAUAACCUGAACUUUCCCUUUAAAGGCUGCAUUCUUAUUAUUAUUGUUAUUAUUAUCAUUAGUACUUCGUAUUUUCUGGCUGUUUUUCUGUUAUUGCUGUUGUUUUCUUUUUGUGAUCUUUGUACCUGUUUUGCGCAUAAAGCAUUCUGGGAGUCAUGUGACCUCACUCAGUAUGUGAACAUGUAGAAAUGAGGUGUCAGUUUUCUGCGGUUUAGUCCUUUAUCGUGUCCUAACAUGUGACUGUGAAUAGAAUGGAAACAAAGAGACAAAUCCA